UUGCAUCGUAAUCCGAGCUGCUGGCUCUACACGGGUAGACGGAAUCACCUUGCAGUCGAGAUUACCAGAUCGGAAAUAUCUACGGCCAAUUUCUGCAUGAAGGAAUCCUACGCCGCACACAUAUAUCACUAGUGAUCCGCCCGUGUCGCGCCAGGAUGUCGCUCAGCGCAUCUACCCGUCCAUCGGUCGAUGUUCCAAUGCUUCGCUGCCCAUUGUCAGACAAAUAUCGGGUUUUAACCUUUCAAUGAGGCCCUUAGCGUUGAUUGCGAUAUUUAUGAGCUGCGUGCCAACCUGGUGCUGCGGCCCCGGCACGUCAAAUAUCGACAAUUUAAUCGUUUUCGGCGAUAGCUACACAGACGAGGGCCGAUUGACGUACUUUCUCACCCAUGAUUACAACCCGCCGCCAGCAGGUCUCUACAUACCAGAGUCAAACUUGACAUCGAGCGGCGGACCAAGCUGGCCUCUGCUUGCCUCAAAAAAGCUUGGCGCGAAGACGUACAACUAUGCGGUGCGUGGCGCGGUGUGUACCAACAUCUUCCCGGGCAUCCUCCCGACUGUCGACGACUAUGAAGUCCCGGCUUUCUUGGCCGACGUAGCCUACGUCAACCCCACCACAGGCACCAACACGCUCUACACCAACCGAACGCCUAGCAAUACCGUGUAUUCCCUCUGGAUAGGCGCUAACGAUCUCGGCGUCAAUGCGUUCCUUACAGAUUCCCAACCAGCAGGCGAGACCCUUGACGCGUUCAUCGAUUGUAUAUGGCCGACUUUCGACAACAUCUACAACGCCGGAGGACGCAAGUUCGUUCUUUUUAACGAGGCGCCGCUCAAUUACGCGCCGCUGUAUAGGUCGCUUGCGGAUGGCGGAGCCGGGAAUGUACCACGCUGGCCCGACAAGGAGUCAUAUAAUACGACCGAGUAUGAACAGAAAAUGCUCGAAUACGUGACUCUAGUCAACACCAUCUUUGAUUACGGCUCCCCGUUCCAGCUCCUGGUGAAAAAGAGGUGGCCCAAUGCGUCCUUCAGCAUCUUCAACGUGAACCAGCUCAUCUCGGAUAUUUAUAACUCGCCUUCCAAGUACCUAGAUGAGCCGGCAAACGCCACGGGGUACUACGCGGAGUGCCCUGAUACGUUGCAGCUCGGGACGGCAGGCUGCGUGGUCUCCUCUAAUCCUCUAUCGAGCUUUCUAUGGUACGAUGAGCUACAUAUGUCGCCGAAAGUCCAUGAUUAUAUAGCUACGGAGUUUGUAAACGUCGUGAAUAAGAAAUCGAAAUAUGGAACAUACUAUUCGUAAUUUUAAUGAGGGAUAUGAACAUAUCGCAUCUGGGUUGCACAUGCGGCGACGCGUUUAAUAAGUACAUAUCAGGGAAUCAUCUAAUCGUGGUCUAGGAUGAAAAGCGGCACUGUUGUUGCAUAUUACCUAAUAACGGGAUAUUCGUGGGGAUGGACACCUUCGUGGG